AUGGAAGGAAAAUCUGAGAGGAAGGUGAAAGUUGAAGAGUGGCUUCCGAUUAACUCAGACAGAAAUGCAAAAUGGUGGUAUUCAUCUUUUCAUAAUGUAACUGCGAUGGUUGGAGCCGGUGUUCUUGGUCUUCCCUACGCCCUGUCUCAACUUGGAUGGGGUCCUGGUGUAACUUUACUUAUCAUUUCAUGGAUCAUCACACUAUACACAUUAUGGCAAAUGGUUGAGAUGCAUGAAAUGGUUCCCGGAAAACGUUUCGAUCGAUAUCAUGAAUUAGGUCAACACGCAUUUGGAGAAAAGCUAGGUCUUUAUAUCGUGGUGCCUCAACAAGUUGUAGUAAUGCUGGGUGGAACUAUCGUCUACAUGGUCACCGGGGGUACAUCAUUGCAGAAGUUCCAUGACACAGUGUGUCCAAAUUGCAAAAAGAUCAGAUUAACCUUUUUCAUUAUGAUAUUCGCCUCUGCUCAAUUUAUAUUGUCUCAUCUGCCCAGCUUCAACUCCAUUUCUGGUGUAUCUUUGAUCGCAGCAGUCAUGUCUAUUGGAUAUUCUACAAUUGCUUGGACUGCUACGGUGCAUAAAGGAGUACAAGAAAACGUCCAAUAUAGUAUCGCGGCUAAAUCUACUACGGAUUUAAUUUUUAAUUUCUUUAAUGCAGUCGGCGCGGUUGCUUUUGCGUACGCCGGGCAUAGUGUGGUGUUGGAAAUCCAGGCAACAAUUCCAUCCACAACUGAAAAACCAUCCAAGGUUUCGAUGUGGAGAGGAGUGGUUGUUUCCUACAUCGUUGUUGCUUUGUGUUAUUGGCCUGUUGCUAUUAUUGGUUAUUGGAUGUUUGGUAAUGAGGUUAAGGAUAAUAUUCUCAUCUCUUUAGAAAAACCAACAUGGCUUAUUGCAAUGGCUAAUAUGUUUGUUGUUUUCCAUGUGAUUGGAAGCUAUCAGGUUUUUGCAAUGCCAAUGUUUGACAUGCUUGAAAGUGUAUUGGUGAAGAAAUUGAAUUUCACACCAAGUUCAAUCCUUCGUUUUGUUGUGCGUAAUGUAUACGUGGCAUUUACGAUGUUUAUUGCUAUUACUUUUCCAUUUUUCGGCGGUCUAUUAGGAUUUGUCGGAGGAUUUGCCGUCACUCCAACAACAUAUUUUCUUCCAUGUAUCAUAUGGCUUAAAGUUUAUAAACCUAAGAGAUUCAGCUUGUCUUGGUAUACUAAUUGGAUAUGCAUUGUGUUUGGCUUAUGCAUAAUUAUUUUAGCACCUAUUGGAGCAUUGAGGAGUAUUAUACUUGAAGCCAAUACCUAUAAAUUUUACACAUAA